AUGCUUCCCUACCUUGGCGCGAUAAAAAUUCAAAAAUGGGAUUCACUGUGUGUUCAGGUUGGACGAAGCGCUAUUCAUUACGCAGCCACACAGUCCAACGCCAUUUACGACACUUUGAUCGAUUUCGGAGCAGACCCACAAGUUACCGAUUCGGAAGGGCUCACUGCAGAAGCGUUUCGACGUUCACCUGAUCGUCUCCGUCGCACAGCAUCGGCUGAAUCGAGUUUGAUGAUGCGCUCGAUGUCCACCGACGACGAAUUCUUUGAUCCA